AGGAGGAGAGAAGAAUAUAGAGACCAAAUGGAGUUGUGGGAUUUGAUUCAUUCACGCCUCUUACGUUGGAACAAGCAUGUGGGUUGUAAGACAAAGUCCGAAGAGAACAUGGGAAUUAUUGAAUAACCCUCAAAAAAACCUUAUGCACUUGCACACAUUAAAUUCAUAAAAAUAAUCAUUUCUUAGCUAUCUCAUCUCACAGUACAUCACAUGUCCCAUCCUUACCUUACUCUAAUCCUUAUUUAAACACAAACCUUACUACUUGAAAAUGACAAUACUCUAAAUACAAAUUCCAUUCUAUUUCUGUUGUUUCCCUCUACAAUCCUUCACUUGAGCUUUUGGUUUCGACAUUCAACAAAUCAAAGAUCAAAAUGGUCAAACCUUUAUUAAUUUUGGUUUCUCUCAUUGGAUUAUGUUGUUUCACAAAUGUCUCCUGUGCCUUUUCACCUUCUGCAUGGACCAAAGGUCAUGCCACUUUUUAUGGAGGCAGUGAUGCCUCAGGCACUAUGGGAGGAGCUUGUGGUUACGGAGAUCUAUAUUCAGCCGGAUACGGGACAAGAACUGCUGCAUUAAGUACUGCUUUGUUUAAUGACGGUGCUUCUUGUGGACAAUGCUACAAAAUCAUUUGUGAUUUUCUUUCCGACCCAAGAUGGUGCGUAAAAGGAAGAUCUAUCACCGUAACCGCCACAAAUUUCUGUCCUCCUAAUUAUGAUCUACCCAAUGACAAUGGAGGAUGGUGCAAUCCACCUCUCAAACAUUUUGAUAUGGCUCAACCAGCUUGGCAAAAAAUUGGUAUCUACCGAGGAGGAAUCAUCCCUGUCUUAUUCCAAAGGGUACCUUGCAAAAAGCAUGGAGGAGUAAGAUUCAGUGUGAAUGGGAGAGACUACUUUGAGUUAGUGUUGAUUAGCAAUCUUGGGGGUGCUGGAUCAGUCCAAUCUGUUUUGAUUAAAGGAUCGAAAACAGAUUGGAUGCCUAUGUCAAGAAAUUGGGGUGCUAAUUGGCAAUCCAACUCUUAUUUGAAUGGCCAAUCCUUGUCAUUCCAGGUUAAAACCACAGAUGGUGAAACAAGAACUUUCGAAAAUAUUGUUCCUUCUAAUUGGGGCUUUGGCCAAACUUUCUCCAGUAGGGUCCAGUUUUAAUUAACCUUAAAAUCAGUUUGCGUGUGUGUGAUCUAGUCGUGAAAACUCGAGUUUUGAGAGUGUGUUCCUCUCAAAGUCAAUCUGGCUAGAUAAUUCGAAGAAAUCAUCUUAAUGCUGAGGCGUGCUUUUUCAUUUUAUUACUGGAGCAGCCCGCCAUACCUCUCUGGCUUGCAUGGAUUUGUUAUUCAUUCUUAUGAAAAUUCAUCACUUUAUUAUUUGGAAUGCAGAAAUUAGUAAGCAUUUUUCAAGUUUAUAUAAUUUAGACUACAAAAUGUAAUAGUGUAAUACGAGUAGUUCUAUUAUUGUACUUUUUCUUUCCUGGAGUGUUAUCCUUGUAGUUGAAUUGUUUCAUUGGAGAAUUUUCGAUUAUUAUAGUGUUGUUAACUUGUUGGUUUUUAA